AUGGCAUCCAACCCCCCACGCAUCACACCCAUACCAAUCCCUGUACCCGGCCAUGCACCGUCGCCUCAGUCGGCUCCCGCCACGUCGGCGACGAAGGUGCUGAGCACGUCCGCCGCCAACCGCAAUGCUUCACCAUCGUCGGUUUCCAGCGCAGGAGAGGACCCCGCGAGGAAGAUGAAGCGUACUAGUGCCAAGGUGAACGUCAAGCCCGGCGCAUUCCUGCAGGCGCCUCCGUGGGCAGCUUCACUUCUGAGCUCUAAGCCCUCCACUUCAACUUCGACCGGACCAGUAGCACCGCCAGUGGGAGCCAACUCCGUUUCUGGAGCCGGGGUGCCCAACCUUGCCCCGCCAACUCAGGAUCACAGCAUGGUCCUGGACAGCCCGGAGCCCAUUCGUAUUGAGAGCGAUAUCCUGCCUCCAGAUCCCGAAGGCCCCGUGAAGUCGGAAUUCAGCCCCGAGGAUACGCCGUUGGAGGAUGUAACACCUGCCAAGCCGUCACUGUCGAUGAGCUCCAAGAUCCAGGCAUUGCAGCAGUCGUGGCAGGCCAAGUCGGCUUCAGGGGAUUCUCAGGAAUCGGAAGAGAUUAUUAGACGGGCGUCAAGUGGCGAGGCGAAGCAUGGCAUAGCUGAGGAGGCCAAAAUCUGCUUGGAUGAACCUCGAAGACCUUCAAGGCAGGCUCUCACUUGGACUCAGGCGUUACAGGCGAAGACUCAGGCGUUACAAGCGAAGAGAAAACAGUCAUCGGGGUUGCCGGGCGGUGAUCUCAAACGCAGGCUGACAGAGAAUGGCGUGGGGUCUGGAUCGGAGGAUGCCACGGCCAACCAUGGGUCGAGUCGACAGUCGAUGCCAACAUCAACGUCUGCUGAAGCCUCUAAUGCGCCAACGUCUAGCGCCAAACCGGGCUUCAUCCCCAUCAAAAGGCAACCUCUAUCUGUAUCAUCCUCAGACGACAAUGGCAUGCUUGACGAUGACUCAACCGACUCCGACUCCGACUCUGAACUCGAUGCUCCAGUUCAGCCUGACAGCGGAAACGCUGACCCUCCACCUCGCCCGUUCAAAAUGCUACCAACAUUGUACGGGCGACCCGAAACUGAGCUUACAACUACCAACGACGGCGACCGUCUGUAUUGCCAAUGGAAGGGGGAGAAUACCCCGCUGGAAGCGUCAUGCGGCGCGCUUUUGCCCACUAGAUACACGUUGCACUCCGAUCCCGAGUAUCCAUUCAUCUGCCCCGAUCGUGUGUGUCGCUCCAUCUUCAGGUCGAUUCAGGGGCUCGGAAAGCACUUUGGAGCAAGGCAUCGAAACACCAUAUACAACGACAACUUAGAUGGCACCGUCUCAGCGGUCAGCUUCUUUGACAUUCCGGGAACAACACGAGCCUCGCCAGUCAUAGUUUCUAGAAACCCGCUCCAGGGUGACGAGCCGCCGAUGCCAGAACCUCAGACCACAAUCUAUAAGCCAUAUGGUUCAAAGGUUCAAGCGAUGUCAACAGCAGCGGGGAUGCCUCAAUCUCAGCCUCAGUCACAACCCCUAUCACAACCCCAACAACAAAUGACAGCGACCAGGACGACACGCUCGCACGCUUCCCCGUACUCGACCCUACCAAACCACCACGAGCCGGCACAACCGUCUUAUUUCCAAUCUGCGAAACCCAUGACCUUGUUGGAGUACCUCACCUCUCAACUUUCACCGACUUACAGACUCCCGGCUGAGAGACCAGACUUCAAGGCCCUAUUGAAACUGCCAAUGGCGAGGCAUUUCCCUCCCCAGUGGACGAUGAAGCACUCGGGCGUUGGGAACUUGGCGCCCCUGACUGCACUUUCGCUCCUGGUGUUUUUGACUGGCGAUCCUGCGCCUGUGUCAUGCUCAACAUGCAAUGGGCCAGAUCACGACGCGUUCGAAAACACUCUUCGCCCAUGUAUCGUCCUUUCCAGCCGAGCACCUUCAUGGCUGAAGGAGACCGUCAACGAAGCAUGCGCAUCCUGCCAAUGGCGAUGUAAUUACAAAAGGCAGAAAGUCCAAUGCGAUUUCCUGCCUGCCUUCAGAGGGCGGACUUUGACUGCUUUACCAUCCCCUGCGCCUGCCGCAACUCCUACUCCUGUUCCGCCUCCCGUCAUCCCUCCCUCGUCUGCACCGCCAUCCUACAACCUGCCCAAAAACGCCAAAUUUCCUUAUGGAGGACCUGCUGGUGGUAAUCAAUCCGGCGUCAACUCACCAGCUCUUCGUUCACCUGCCAUCACCACACCUCCCGUCGGCACAACGCCUGUAAAUACAUCAAGACCAAGCAGCCCGCCGAGACGAGUCACAAGGCAUUCGGCGGCUACAAAGACCGCUUCCGACUCUGCCCCUGCGUCGACCUCUUCUACCAAGCCGGCCGCCGCCGCUAUCGUCCCGGCCACUGCAGGUCAGACAAUGCCAGCAGAGCUCUUAGAUAUGGAAGAGUGGGAAAUCGCUCCUGGACGUGUUCGCGAUGAUCAGAGCCAGGAACCGACGAACGUUGCUUUCUCGAAUGCAUACCUUACAUCCAACCAAGCCGUCAGCGUCUCAGAAGAUAUUGCUUUUAACGUCAUCGUUAUCAAGCCUGGCGGCUCUCAUCGUUGGACCGAUGAGGAGGACAAGGUGCGCAUAUGCUCUGUCGCCGUUGGCAAAGUCAAGGUGAAGCUGGACAUGACAGACCCUUUUCAGAUUGGGCCGAACGGCAUGUUCAAGCUGAAGCCUGGCACGUCAUGCUCCAUCGAGAACAGGACAUACAUCGACGCCAUCAUCCACGUCACAUCUGUGACGCUUUACUAG